AACGCCUCCAUUCGACUUCAUCAUCUACAUUGUAUUAUCAUCAAACCGGCGCUUCGACACUCCAGUGAAAAGCGUUACGCUUUGACGCAUGCUCCAUAUCUCUGGUCUUGCCGUCGUCCAUGACGGCGCGCCACCUUCUACCUUUUCACCAAGACUUUCAUAGCAAGCCAAGUCGCCCAAGCUACGACAUCUUAUGCCCGCUGCACCCUACUUCGCACAUCCUCUCCUUGCCAUUUGUACUUCUCUCGAUUUUGAAAUUCCACACGAUGAGAAUGGUCAAAGUGCGUCUGAGCAAGAACGCUCUGGACCCAAACCUACAUUGGCCAGCGCGCGCAGCAGUUGUAGCGUUGGAGUCCCGUAGGUUGAAUUUGGAAUCUUGGGGUGCACUCCGGUGCACUCCGGUGCGCUCCGUUGGAGUCGUGGCACCACGGCCAAGCUGUAACGAUGCGUCAUGCGUGUGCUUAGUUGCGAUACGCAACAGAGAUGCAAUCGAUCAAGGAAGCGCAAAGAUCAGAGCAUUAGCCAGCGAAGCAGCUUACACGCAACUACCCUUCAAGACGAGGCCAUAGCGCCGCAUCUAUACACUCCAUCAUCUAGCUGUUUAAAGACGACUCAUGGGCGACUGAACGCUCCAUCAUGCUGGGAAUACCGAAUUUGAUCGGU